AGGUCCUAUUGACCAUGGACAGUGAAGAAAUCCCAACUUUUUCGAGUCCAAAGGAGGAAACUGCGUAUUGGAAAGAGCUCUCCUUGAAGUACAAACAAAGCUUCCAGGAAGCUCGUGAAGAGCUGGCUGAAUUUCAGGAGGGAAGCAGGGAAUUAGAAGCUGAGUUGGAGGCACAACUAGUGCAAGCUGAGCAGAGGAAUAGAGAUUUGCAAGCAGAUAACCAAAGACUGAAGUAUGAAGUGGAAACAUUAAAGGAGAAACUGGAGCACCAGUAUGCGCAAAGCUACAAGCAAGUAUCGUUGUUAGAGGAUGACCUGAGCCAGACACGGGCCAUUAAAGAUCAGCUGCAUAAGUAUGUGAGGGAGCUGGAGCAGGCCAACGAUGACUUGGAACGUGCAAAGAGGGCAACAAUAGUUUCAUUGGAAGACUUCGAACAAAGGCUGAACCAAGCUAUUGAGAGAAAUGCGUUUUUAGAAAGCGAACUGGACGACAAGGAAUCGUUGCUAGUUUCUGUACAGAGAUUAAAGGAUGAAGCGAGAGACUUACGGCAAGAGCUAGCAGUACGAGAGAGGCAACAAGAAGUCACUCGGAAGUCAGCACCCAGUUCUCCGACUCUAGACUGUGAGAAGAUGGAUUCAGCUGUCCAAGCGUCUCUCUCCUUGCCAGCUACGCCUGUUGGAAAAGGAUCAGAAAAUAGUUUUCCUUCCCCAAAAGCUAUACCGAACGGAUUUGGUACCAGCCCCCUUACUCCUUCAGCUAGAAUAUCUGCCCUCAACAUUGUGGGAGAUCUGCUACGGAAAGUAGGGGCCUUAGAAUCUAAAUUAGCUGCUUGCAGAAAUUUUGCAAAGGACCAGGCAUCACGGAAAUCCUACAUUUCAGGGAACGUUAACAGCGGCAUGACGAACAGCAAUGGCACAAAGUACCCUCAUCCGGGGCACACCUCCUUCUUUGACAAAGGGGCAGUAAACGGCUUUGAUCAAGGUCCCCCAGGAUUGGGAGCCUCUCGACCGUCCUCAGCGCCUGGCAUGCUCCCUCUGAGCGUAUGAGCCCGCGGGAGGUCGUGUUCGGACUUGCGGAUGCGUUUCUCGGCCCACCAAGAGAAG